AUAUUCAUUUUAAAAAGCAGUAAAAGGCGGCCGCGGGCUUUGCGCUCUCGGGUGCGGAGGACAGCUCGUCUGCGCGGACGUUUAACGCUAAACGCAGGGGACAACCCCCCCUUUAUUGUAUUUCUGCAUCUUUAGAUAGGCGCAUCCUUGCCGGCCUCGUAGAGACAACUGUUGCCGGAGUUGUUGUUAGACUCGCCUGGGAUCGAUCCUGCUCAGAAGACUGCGUAAAAAUCAAAGCUAAACAGUGACAAGUCUGAACUUCAGCUCUAUUGAUGGCACAGCGUCUUGCUGCAGCCCAAACUGUAUUCACCAUCAUGAUAUUCUGACUCUUUCAGCUGUUUUCAUGGCGAAUUCCAACUUGUGUGUUUAUAGGUGCAAACAACAAAAAGAGGCGACCCCCAUGACUUGAAGACUAUUUUUCUGAAGUAUGCCAGUGUGGUGGAGGAUGGAGAGCAUUACAUGACCCCCAGGGACUUUGUACAGAGUUACCUGGGUCUGCAUACACAGCCUCAAUACAAUCCUAAAACUGUGGACCUGAUAGCUGGGGUGGCCGACACCACUAAAGAUGGAUUGAUCUCUUUCCAGGAGUUUCUGGCCUUUGAAUCGGUUCUAUGUGCCCCAGAUGCCCUGUUCAUAGUUGCCUUUCAGUUGUUUGACAAGACUGGCACAGGGAACAUCUCGUUUGAGAAUGUACGUGAUAUCUUCAGCCAGACUACGGUUCAUCACCACAUUCCCUUCAACUGGGACUGUGAGUUCAUCAGGCUACACUUCGGCCAUGCAAGAAAGAAGAACCUCAGCUACACAGAGUUCACUCAGUUUCUGCAGGAGCUGCAGCUGGAGCAUGCCCGCCAAGCAUUUGCACAAAAAGACAAGAACAAAAGUGGCACCAUCACCGCCCUGGACUUCAGCGACAUCAUGGUCACCAUCAGACACCACAUGCUGACUCCUUUUGUGGAGGAGAAUCUGGUUUCAGCUGCAGGAGGCAGCACCUCCCACAUGGUGAGCUUCUCCUACUUCAAUGCCUUCAAUGCCCUCCUCAACAACAUGGAGCUGGUCCGCAAGAUUUACAGCACCCUCUCUGGCACACACAAAGACACUCUUGUCACCAAAGAGGAGUUUGUUCUCGCUGCAAAUAAGUUUGGUCAGAUCACUCCAAUGGAGAUUGACAUCCUGUACCAGCUCUCUGGUCUCCACUCUCACUCCGGGCGGCUGAACCACGCAGACAUCGAGAGGAUAGCCCCGCUGGAGGAAGGAGCCAUGCCGUACCACCUAGCAGGGGCCCAGAGACAGCACGGCCACGAAACGUCUCGGCCCGUCUGGCUCCAGGCUGCGGAGUCUGCCUACAGGUUUACCCUGGGCUCAAUCGCUGGAGCCACCGGCGCCACAGCUGUGUACCCCAUUGACCUGGUGAAGACCCGCAUGCAGAACCAGCGCUCCACGGGCUCCUUCGUAGGAGAGCUGAUGUACAAGAACAGCUUCGACUGCGCAAAGAAAGUGCUCCGCUACGAGGGCUUCUUCGGAUUUUACAGAGGUCUCGUCCCGCAGCUCAUUGGCGUUGCCCCGGAGAAAGCUAUCAAACUCACGAUGAAUGAUUUUGUCAGAGACAAGUUCACCACACAAGACGGUGCCAUCCCUCUUUUCGCAGAGAUUCUCGCCGGCGGAUGUGCUGGAGGCUCCCAGGUGAUUUUCACCAAUCCUCUGGAGAUCGUUAAGAUCCGUCUGCAGGUGGCUGGAGAGAUCACUACGGGCCCCAGGGUCAGCGCCCUGAAUGUUGUGAGGGACCUGGGCUUCUUUGGCCUCUACAAGGGAGCCAAAGCCUGCUUCCUGCGUGACAUCCCCUUCUCCGCCAUCUACUUCCCUGUUUAUGCCCACACUAAGGAGAUGCUGGCAGACGAGGAUGGAAGGCUGGGGCCUCUGCAGCUGCUCACCGCUGGAGCUAUUGCAGGUGUGCCGGCGGCUUCGCUGGUGACCCCUGCCGAUGUCAUCAAGACCAGGCUCCAGGUGGCGGCCCGAGCGGGCCAGACGACAUACAGCGGAGUCAUCGACUGCUUCAGGAAGAUCCUCCACGAGGAAGGUUUCAGGGCAUUUUGGAAGGGCGCAGGAGCUCGCGUCUUCAGGUCAUCACCGCAGUUCGGCGUAACCCUGGUGACCUAUGAGCUGUUGCAGAGAUGGUUCUACGUUGACUUUGGAGGACAUCGUCCGACUGGAUCCGAGCCUAUUCCCAAACCCGGGGCCCGGGAUCUUCCUUCCGUGACCGCUGACCACGUGGGCGGCUACCACCUGGCUGCCGCAACCUUCGCCGGAGUGGAGAGAAAGUUCGGUCUCCACCUGCCAAAGUUCAAGUCUUCUGGGGGGGUGACGAUCAAACCAGCGGCUCCUCCUCAGGCCUCGUAAAACCGUUGUGACUGCAAGGGCUGCAUGCUCCUACGAAACGACUUCACCGAACCAGUUCAAUGCAUCUGAGCGUCUUAUUUUGAAUGCUGCAUGAGUUUGGCUUUUACUGGAUUUCCUUUGCAUAGCUUGCACAAUUUUACUGUACAUAUUGUACUUCUCAACAGAGGGACAUUAUGGCAUCACAGAGGAUUGUAACUGUUGUUUUUUCUUUUUCGUUUUUCUUUUUCGGGUGUGCAAUAAUAGCUUCGGUGUGCAUGUGCCAGUUGCCUUUAAGAGACACAAGGAUGUACAGAUAUUUUCAAAGCGUUUAUUUUAAAAUCACGACCAGGGACGUGGGGAAAUAAUUUAAAGGUAUUUAUUGUAUUUUAUUGAAAUAAAUCAUUCAAACUGUU